CUGACAUUUACGCAGUUGCAAUAUUCAAUUGCCCUCCAAGGAGAGAGAUUUAAAGAGCUUGAAUCUUUUGGUUGCCGAAAGUUCAAGCCGAGCUCAGCUAAUAUACCAUGGAACCAUACAGUCUCACAGCGACGCAAGCGGUCGCAAAGUUCAAGGAUGGUUCGCUGACGGUUGAAAACUACGCCAAGUCAUUGUUAUCGCGGAUCGACCAGCGAGAUUCAGCAGUGAAAGGAUGGGUUUAUCUCGACCGCGACUAUGUCAUUGAACAGGCCAGGGCACUCGAUCGAAUCCCACAUGCGAACAGAGGACCGCUUCAUGGCGUUGGUGUCGCGGUCAAAGAUGUUAUUUACACCAAGGAUAUGCCAACCCAGUUCAACUCUCCGAUAUAUGAAGGAGAUGCACCCAAGGUCGACGCAGCGUCGAUCACAAUUCUCCGUCAAGCCGGUGCACUGAUACUUGGCAAAACCACAACCACCGAAUUCGCCUCCACCCUGCGCGGCGGCCCAACCUGCAACCCCCACGACCUCAAGCGAACACCUGGCGGCUCCUCGUCAGGAUCCGGCGCCGUGGUGGGCGACUUGCAAGCCCCAAUUGCGCUGGGCACGCAAACGGGCGGGAGUACCAUUCGUCCCGCCUCGUUUAACGGAAUCUACGCCCUGAAGCCGACGUGGAACUCGAUCAGUCGCGAAGGCCAGAAGAUGUACUCGCUCAUCCUCGACACAAUCGGCUUCUUCGCCCGCAGUGUCGAGGAUCUGGAGCUCUUGGUAGACGUGUUUGCGCUCGAGGACGAUGAGUCGCCUCCUCAAGAACCUUUCUCAGUUAAGAGGGCCAAGUUUGCAGUGCUGAAAAGUCCGAUGUGGUCUCAGGCUGGCCCAGGUACCGUCGCAGCCAUGGAAGUAGGCGCCAAGCUGCUUCGCGAUCACGGCGCUGAAGUGGAGGAGAUCGAGCUUCCGGCCGAGUUCGACAAGAUGCAGGAGUGGCACGAGACCGUGAUGCACAGUGACGGCCGCCCGACUUUCUUGCCCGAGUACCAGGUAGCUAAGGACAAGCUACAGGCAUUCCUGGUUGGCCACGUCGAAAACGAGAAAAGACUCACACGAGCAGAGCAACUGAAGGCGUUUGAUGGCAUAGCAGCGUUGAGGCCGAGAAUCGACGAGAUUGCCGGCAAGUAUACGGCUAUUAUUACACCUAGCGUGCGGGAUGUGGCGCCGCUUGGGCUGGAUUCAACCGGGAGUGCGGUUUUCAAUAGCAUGUGGACGGGACUUCAUACGCCGGUAGUCAACAUCCCGGGCUUUAAGGGAGAGGAUGGUAUGCCCAUUGGGUUGUCGCUAGUGGCACCUAGGUAUCGCGACAGACACUUGCUGGCUGCUUCCAAGGCAGUUGGGGACAUUUGGGAACAGAAGGGUGGGUGGAAGCGAACCGUGUGAGGAUACAUGUUGGAACUGAUUUAGGAACUAAUGUUGCAUUUCGGGUUGAGGCAAUAUAAGUGGAAGUCGACUGUUGGAACACUCGUACCAUGGUAUGAUUUGUCUCCGAGGGCAUGCUGUAUGUGUAAAUGCCUAAAUAGUCUGCGGAUGGAGCCAUUUAAGCAUCAAUCUAUAACACGCGGGGAUCCCCAAUCUCAC